AUGGGUUUAAUUUCACUCAUUUGUGAUUGCGUUAUUAUUUCAACAAUUUGCGCUGGUGCAAGAAGAACCACUGGUUUAAAUGUAGGACAAAAAGUAGUUGGAAUGAUUAAGAAUGAAACUGGUUCUAUGGUUGCUAAAGGUUUCUUUAACACUGGUGAAUGGGUUGCAGAUAAAGGUAUUAAUUAUGCAAGAAAUAAAAUUUUCCAACAUAAAUUAAAUGAAUUUAAAGAUUUUAAACCAAGUCCAAACUCACAUUUUAAUCAAAAUCAAAAUCAAAAUCAAAAUCAAAAUCAAAAUCAAAAUCAAAAUCAAAAUCAAAAUCAAUUCAUUCCACAUAAUAAUAAUCACCAAUUUAAUAACAAUAAUAAUAACAAUAAUAAUAAUAACAAUAACCAAGAUAAUACAUACAGACAUUAA